AUGUACACUGAUCAUCAGGGCACUGAUGAUCAGUGUAGCCCCAGCAGUGUGUCUAUCCACCUGUCAGUGUCCAUCAAUGCCACAUAUCAGUGCCCAUCUGAGCUGCCUUUCAGUGUUACCUAUCAGUGCCAGUCAGUGCCACCUAUCAAUGCCAGUCAGGCGCACUCUCAGUGCGCAUCAGUGCCACCUAUCAGUGCCCAUCAGUGCUGCCUAACAGUGCCAGUCAGUGCCACCUGUCAGUGUCAUAUAUGAGUGCUGCCUUUCAGUGCCCAUCAGUGAUGCCUGUCAAUGCCCAUCAGUGCCACCUACCAGUGCCCAUCACUGCAGCCUCAUUAGCGCACAUCAGUGAAGGAGAAAAUCACUUAUUUACAAAAUUUUAUAA